ACACACACACCACGCCCCCUCCUGUCGGGAACACCCUGGCUGUGGAUCUGUGCCUUCAGACGGCGCUGAGGCGCACCGAGAGGCGCGCACACGGACCGUCAUCCCCGGACUGAUCCCCGGACGGACUCCGCAGCUCGUCCCGCUCCCCCUCCACCACGCACCCAGCCGAAGCCCUCCCUCUUCCCCCAGGUUUUCUCAGAGUGAUCACCUGAAAAUCAAAGAGGAAACUMCAGAGCAGCUCCAGCCCUUCUGUACAUCACAGCUUCAACGAUGCCAACAGAAAAACACAAACUCAGCUGCCAGUCAGACAUUUUGGAGAAAARAAGCAACAUGUAGUUCUCGUUGAACUCCUCCGUGCAAGAUAUCUGGCCUGCUGAUUUCCACUGACUGCAGACCUGAUGGAGAAUACGGUGGAUGAACUCAACCUCUCCUUCCUGCUGGAGCACGAAAGAGACAUGAUCCUGAAGGUGCUGCAGAAGGACGAGAAACUGAGGAAGCGAGAGGAGAAAAGGAUACGGAAGCUUAAAAAUGAGCUGCUGGAGAUCAAGCGGAAAGGUUCCCGCAGGCCCCAGGAACCUGGGGAGCGUCAGUGUGCUCGCUGCCUGAAGGCUCUGGGCCUGAUCUUUGACCGUGGAGAGCUCUGCGAAGAGUGUCGACUGCGCGUCUGCUGUGACUGCCGAGUCACGGUUGCCGGGUCACGCCAGUGGAGGUGCAACGUCUGCGCCAAGAUCUCGGAGCUGAAGGUUGUGACUGGAGAGUGGUUCCUGGAGGAGAGGUCCAAGCGCUUCGAGCACAAAGAGRUGAGCAGCGACGUGAUUAAACAGUCCAUCCUGAGCAGUCCACCGAUCACAGAAAUGAAGUCAACGGAAAAUCUGUCAGUCUCCUCUGAAGCAGAGAAACCUGAAACGCCGAAGUCCAACAGAAGCGCAGUUCGCAGCCUCAUGGAUGGCGCCAAAAAGAAGGGGAGCACGGCGGUGGCUGUYGAGUCCUCAGGGAUGCCCACCGUACCCAACAACCUGCGAUCCCAAACUCCAGAUAAAUCCCCCAAUCCCAGCAACAACCGGAGGGUCAGGCCCGACGGAGCAGAAAGCGUUGCCAGUUUACCCUCCAGUGAAYGUGUGCCUGAGAAGAAGGCAGCUGGUCACCAGAGGACAAACUCUGACGCUCCGAUCAUCUCCGUGUCCCAAGCUUCUGUCUCCUCAGAUCACAGCCGUUCAGAGAUGGAUCUGUCAGCUCCUGGAUCCGAACAGAGCGAUGACGCCCUCAGUCUGAGGAGUCGCUCUGUCCCCGGACUCAAUGAAGCAGAGUUUUCUGACGAGGAGGAAGACAUCGACGCCCUGAUGUCGGCCCACAGCCGGAGCGCCGGCCGGAGCAUCAGCAGCGCAGUGUCAACGAGCAGCAUCAACAGCAUGAUGAGCAUGUACAGCGAGACUGGUGACUAUGGCAACGCCAAGGUGAGCGGCGAGAUCCUCCUGAACAUCGGCUACAACUACAGAACCGGUGCGCUCAACGUCCAGGUGAAAGAGUGUCACAAUCUGGCCACYGGAGAUGAGAGGAGGCAACGCACAGACGCGUAUGUGAAGACUUACCUGCUGCCGGACACGUCUCGACAGAGCAAGAGGAAGACCAGCAUCAAACCCAACACCAUCAACCCCGUUUUCAAUGAGAACCUAAGGUAUGUGAUCAGCCGCUCGCAGCUGGAGACUCGGACCCUGCAGGUGUCUGUGUGGCAUCAUGACCGGUUUGGAUACAACAGCUUCCUGGGGGAGGUGGAGUUGACCUUUGACUCGUGGGAGUUCGACUCCCAGAUGGAGGAGUGGUACACUCUGCAGCCCAGGGUGGAGAGCAGCAUAGACUCCACCAUGCAGUAUAAAGGAGAGCUGACGGUCGUACUGAAGUACAUACCUGCAGAGAAAAACCUCACACUGCCUCUGGACCAAGUUCAAGUGAAGAAGAGUUUUCUGAAAAGCAAGAAGAGGAGCAGUUUCACUCUGCCUAAAGGAGGCAUGGUCGAGCUACUGGUCAAAGGGGCCAAAAAUCUGACAGCCGUCAAGUCUGGAGGCACUUCUGAUCCUUUUGUGAAAGGAUACCUCCUCCCUGACAAUAACAAAUCAACCAAGCACAAAACGGCGGUGGAGCGGCGCACCGUGAACCCACAGUGGAACCACACCUUCACCUACUGUGGCCUGCAGCCAGGAGACCUGAACAACAUCUGCCUGGAGCUGACCGUGUGGGACAAAGAGGCUUUGUCAAGCAACGUCUUCCUGGGAGGAGUCAGACUGGGAGCUGGCACAGGUAAAAGCUAUGGAAACGAAGUGGACUGGAUGGACUCGUACGGCGAGGAACAGCGGGUUUGGCAACGCAUGAUAGAAAACCCAGAGGUUCCUCAGGAGUGUACUUUGAUGCUGCGGUCAAGCAUGCGUAAGGGCAGCACAUGAGUCAAAUCGAAGCACAGUUAAAGGGGAUCAAACAGAGGGAGAUGGAAGUGGUCUGAAGUUAUGAGAUGAGAGCCGGAGAGGCCGAGAAGUAAGAAAACAACUCAAAAGCUCAAAGGACAASAGAUCGUCUCUCUCCGAACUUUCUUUCAUGUUCAGAUCCCUUUUAGUUUCCACCACAGCCGGUCAUGCCUUACUCACUCGUCCACAUGUGCCCCUCUGCCCUGCUGACCAAGCUCUGCUGCUGUUUACAGCUGUCUAUAGAAAACCCUUUGUUGUGUUUAACUGACUGGAACCUUUAAAUAAGCACAUGGUGACUCCUAACGUGUCCGUCCUUGUGUCAUCUGUGAGCUGUUUCUGCAUGUGAUGGAGAACAUAUAUCAGACAUUAGAUGAGACACAGAUCAAUAUAUAUAUAAGUAGAAACAUUCCCUUUAUAAAUGUGAUCUGAAGCACAGAAUGAUGCUAAAAAGCAUCACCAGUGGAAAAAAACCUACUAGUUACUGCGUUACUGCUCAGUCUAAGAUGUAUUUUUAAAAUAAAUCUCCACACAAACACACCAUAAGUUCACACAAACUGUUUCAAUUAAAUGUUUAUGUCUAUGCCUUCUCAAAUAAUUCUGUAGAAAAAUAAUGAAUCACUAGUUUKAAUUUCUUAUAUUCAUCAUUUUAAAAAGACUCCAAUCAAAACCGUUCUGAAUGUAAAAACACAAAGACUGAAUUUUAAAUGAUCUUUUCUUUAAAGAGCUCUUAUUUAGUCCAAUACUUGAUAAAUUGUUUAAAAAAAUUCCUGGAAACUUAAUAAAAUGGCCAUCUCGUACCAGAACUGUACAGAGCUCAAGUUGUCCAAACCAACCAACUACAAAAAUACAAACCUGUUUAAUUUUCACAAAUUAGAACAAAAUAAAUCAACAAAUAUAAUACUAUUUUAAUUUCAAAACAACUGAAAGCAUUGGGUUUUGACAAAAACCUGCAGAUGUAUCUGAGGAAACCCAACUCGACAUUUGCUUUAUGAGGAAACUGUUUUAAUAAAAUCAUGUUGUUUGAGCAUUCAUAUCACUCAAAAUAUGAUAUAAUGUAACUUAUAUGGUAAUUUUCUUGUGGUCAAAAAUAUGAUUGUACAGCAAAAAACCUAAAAGUCUUUGAAAGCUUGAAGUGUCCUUUGUUUGUGCUAAUUAGUUAUUAUUAGCAUGCUAAUAUUAUAGCAGAACUCUGAAACUUUCAAAUCAACAGAGACYUGAUGUCCACCAUCCCUGAUUUAAGUGUACAAACAUCUCUAAUAAAACUGUUAAAUUAAUAUUUUCAAAUAUUUUUUAUCCAGUUAAAAUGUUGUUAGCUAUUAUUUUAAAAUGAAUGUUUUGGUGUUCCAUGGCCCUUCUUGUGGUCCUGACCCCAACACUACGAUCUACAUAAAGUCAGCAAUUUAAACUACAUCAUUUAUGUCAAUAGGAUGCUGUAUUUAAGAUUUGGUAAGAAAAUAUUAUUGCUAUAACUAAAUUAACCAUUAAUUUGUGUGUAAAAUCAAGACGUGCCAGGGACCAAAUACUAUAAAUAAUGUAAUCAAUGAAUAGCAGAGACAGAAAAAUUCUAAUGAGAUUUUUGUCCCUUUCAUAAAUUAAUGACACAUAUGUGUGUUGGUAAAUUGUUUUAAGUUUGAUGAGGUGCUUUAUGUGCUUUAACAUUUAAGAACAUAUUUGCUUUUGGGGAGCUCAGUUAGUGCCAGAUGUCCAAAUGAAAACAGAGAUUGGGAAAACUCCAUAAAUGUCAAGUACAGAURGUCAAGAUCAUACAAUUACACAGAUUUUCCCCAGUUUUGCAAGUAUAUGGAUGCAUCAGGCAAUCACAGUUUUUAAAAAAAUGCAGCUUUGAGUUAGGUCUCAGAGCCUAUAGAACUAAAAAAACUAAAUAAAUAAAAAUAAAACAACAAUAAAUAAAAUUAUAUACUCAUCUCCCAACCUGCUUUGACACUAUAAAUAAGUUUGUCACAUCUCACCGUCUACUUUCCCUGGUCCUCUGUGCUACAGGUGUGGUUAUUUCCACCCCCUCUUUCUGUUUUUUCCAGACGCUCCACUUGUCGAAUGCAAGUACGGUAAUAUGGAUUUUUUGGUGAAAAUUACAGAUUGAGGGUCAAGAUUCAGGUAAACAUCUGAAGGGGUUGACAUGUAUGAAAUUCAUCCCUUUAGUUUACGAGUCAUAUUGUAUGUACACUCUGAACAUCUCUCUGUUUGAGAGUGGAUUACAUCCAAGGUUCUAGAGUGGUGGUCCUCAGAAUUACUUUAGGCAUUUUGAUGUCUKGUAUUUAAAUAGCAUGCGAGUUAAUCAUCAAAGGCUGGCCUGUGGUAAAAAGCUUAAAAGCAGAGUUGAAACAAAAGUGCAAUAAAAAUGAUUUCAGAUUCUUUGUAGAAACUGUAGAGGACAACCAGUGUGCUAAUGGAUACGUAAUGCCAAUAAKGUCUCUGUAGGGCCUGCUGAUCAAYYUGCAAAAAUUCAGUUGUCAUGUGACAGAAGAACCAAGACCACAGUGUAUGUGGUGCUGCUCUCCUUAAUAAACACCUUUACUGCACCUUAAAUCUUUGUUUACGUCAAAUAUUUAUUGAGGUGUUUAUUGUUAUGAAAAGUUUGAGAAACCACUGUAUUAAAUCAUAGCUUAAGAGUUUUGUGAAGUUGGAAAGUUGGACAAAUUCUUACACCUAGAAUCAAUAUUGUCUAAACUAACCAUUGUUAAAUUGCAAACUUCMGCUCCCCUUCAACAGCAAAGAAAAAAAAGUAGAAAAUAGCGCAAAGUCUGAUUAUAAACAAAAGAACUCCAAGCUGAGUAAGUGCUUAGAAACCAACAARAAAGUAAAACAAGGAAAUACAUUUUCCACAUUUAUACACGUUCAUGUUGAAAUGGCUUUAACUGGAGAAAACAGGAUGAAUUAUAUUUGGAAUGUUAUAGCUAGAUGUAGCAAUUUGUAGGUUUUUCCUUAACGUUUUAUUUUUUUUUUUCUUAUCUGGUGUUGAUAAUUUCUGUUUGCAAAUUUGAAUCACCUGCUCUCAGCUGAAAGCACAGUACAGCACAUCUGCACAGUAAUUUUACUGUGUMGUUUAUUUUAACAAGGGAUUUAUUUUGUUGUUGUUUUUUCUCUUACACCUGGCACUUGCAGGGCUCCAUAUUUCCCCCUCACGAGUUGACCAAAUGAACAAUCUGUGGCACAAAGUUUUUUCCCAGACUAGUAAAUUUGGACUGGUUUUUCUGCAUUUUUUGCCACCACACUGUUGCAGUAUGUUAAUAGAGAGUGCACGGUGACAGAGGUGGAAGAACAAAAGGUUACAUGAAGCAGCUCUGAUGCUGACAUCACUUUACACCUAAAAGAGAGCGUGUGAUUUUGCAGUGUGUUCUCAGGAUCCGUGAGAUGGGGCUGUGUGUUACAGAGUGAGUCAGCACUGAGAUGAGCUGUCGUCACUCAGGAAGGGGGCUAAUAAUAAUGAGCGAGUGACACUGACCUUGUCCUUGUCGCCCCGGGCUCUGUCAUUAUUGGUUCUGUGAUGAAUCACAUUCCACAAAAAUAUUUCCAAAUUUAAAUCUUYUUCUUCUUUUCAUGUAGGAUGCCAGUUUGGUCUGCUUGUCCUCUUCAGACCACCUGCUCCGGACUGCCAGAGCAGAUCGUCUCCCAGUUACAGCGGUAGUAAUAAUACACCCAAUAAUACACACUGUCACUGUCCAGUGUCAGAGAUGCUUGCGCAAUAUCUCAUUACAGAAGAAUCUCAGAUUGUUGAGCAUGUUUUAUCUGUAUAUUGUGUCUAGAUUCAAAGUAUCAAGAUUCACUUUUUCCCCUGCUUAUUUUCUCCCAUAUGUUCUACAGGAAUAUUUUGAAAUAAAUACAUGUUUUCAUAGACUGUACGCUGGUUUUGUUGUUUUUGAAGAUGAUAUUAAAUUCUUUCCAAAUGAGCUUUGUGCA